AUGCUGCUGCGGUCUGGCGAACUCAAGGAAAAGGGUGCUGACAUGCCCUGCUCGACGUCUGCGCUCUGGCUGCUCGAGACCAUCCGUACAUCGCCCUCCGGCGCCGGCGCAGCCGCUCCACCACCUGCGCAACAGGCCGACGCUCCGGCAAGCCGCAGUCUCCUUCUCCUCGAUCUGGACAACACGCUGGUGCACACCUUUGUUGGCGACAGGCCCGCUGGGGAUGCCUCCCAGCGGUUCGAGCUCGGCGUCUUUACCGCGAGCCCAAAAUCCGUGGCCACCGAGAAGCUCGACUGGCUCGACACAGAGCGCGUGCUGCAGCGACGCUGGUUCCGCUGCUCGUGCGUCGAGGAGCAUGGCCUCUACCUCAAGGACCUGCGAGUUGUGUCGGCCGACGUCUCGCGUGUGCUUCUGCUGGAGGACCUGCCCUUCAUUGGCGCUCGCCAGCCCGAUCACGUCAUCCCGAUCCGGCCGUGGUCUGGCGAUUCGGGUGACACCGCGCUGACCGACUUGCUGCCUUCCCUCAUUCGUCUCGCUCGCUGCCCGCAGCCAACCAAGGCGCUGCGCGGCAUGCUCGGUCUGGCGGCCCGGGCGCGCGAUGUCGUACGCCACUCGCCACCCGACGGGCCCUGCGUGGACGGGCGCAGUGCGACGUGCGUUUGCUCGUGUCCGCACGAGCACGAGCUCCUACAGUCCUUUCUGCACCGGGAGCGGCUUUCGCCCGCCAACAAGCGGCCACCGCGCCUCCUGGCCUGCACGGAGCGGAUUUCGCCCGCACUCUCGCCGGCAGAGCCCUUCCCGCCGGGGAACGAAGAGAACGGAGAUGCCUCCAACGUCGACCCCGGAGGCAUGACCGAGGCAGAGGGCAUCCAGAGCCUCUUGGACUCGGCUCUUCCGGGCUACGACGACUUUCCCUAUAGCGUUGACGAGGUGUUUGGAGAGGCCCUCGAAGAGCUCGCCGGACCGGAUCCCCUAGGAGGGCGGUGA